CUCGUCAAUCUAAACCUAACCUAUUCUCAUCCGCACACUUGGGGGCUUGUGUAAAUCAAGCAGGCGUUCUGUCACUCAGCAGCGGUAUCUCCACGGAAUGGUGCACAACCACACGCCUUCCUGAGCUGUCUCAUGAUGCCGGUGGGAGAAAUAUUCACAUGAAUGCACUUUUUCAGGGAUGGUGGCAACAGGAUGCUUUAAUUCUGUUCACUUCCCCCAGGAUCAAUGGCACUUCUGCCAAAGACUUUGCUCAUGGGCACAGUAACGCAGGUCAGCACUCUCUGAGAUUAGAGGGUCUCCCUUGAGAGAGCUAAUUUCAAUUCUCUACAGAGGCUCUAACAUGAAAAACAAAAAUCUCAGUGAAAACUGAACCGAAUGGGGAUUGAGCUGCUCUGCCUGUUCCUGCUACUUCUAGGAAGGAAUGAGCUCGUCCAAGGUGGUUGUGACUGGGGCGGUGCAGAGACCUGCUCCGACUGCUUGCUCACGGGACCUCACUGUGCCUGGUGCUCCCAGGAGAAUUUUACCCACCCGUCCGGAGCUGGUGAGAGGUGCGACACACCUACAAACCUUUUGGCCAAAGGAUGUCAACUGCCCUUCAUCGAAAACCCUGUCUCCCAAGUAGAAAUCCUUCAAAAUAAGCCACUGAGCGUGGGCCGACAGAGAAACAGUUCUGACAUUGUCCAGAUUUCUCCUCAGAGCGUGGUUCUUACACUGAGGCCAGGCGGUGAGCAGACCGUGCAAGUGCAGGUCCGCCAAACGGAAGAUUACCCAGUCGAUCUGUAUUACCUCAUGGACCUCUCGGCCUCCAUGGAUGAUGACCUCAACACAAUCAAAGAGCUGGGCUCCCGGCUUGCCAAAGAGAUGUCUAAAUUAACCAGCAACUUUAGACUGGGCUUUGGAUCCUUUGUGGAAAAGCCCAUUUCUCCUUUUAUGAAAACAACACCAGAGGAAAUCACCAACCCUUGCAGUAGUAUUCCCUACUUCUGUUUACCUACAUUUGGAUUCAAGCACAUUUUACCGUUGACUGAUGAUGCUGAGCGAUUCAAUGAAAUUGUGAGAAAACAGAAGAUUUCUGCUAAUAUUGACACGCCCGAAGGAGGAUUUGACGCAAUUAUGCAGGCUGCUGUGUGUAAGGAAAAGAUUGGUUGGCGCAACGACUCGCUCCACCUCCUGGUUUUUGUGAGUGAUGCUGAUUCUCAUUUUGGAAUGGACAGUAAGCUAGCCGGCAUUGUCAUUCCCAAUGAUGGACUCUGUCACUUGGACCACAGGAAUGAAUACUCCAUGUCAACCGUCCUGGAAUAUCCAACAAUUGGUCAACUCAUUGACAAGCUGGUACAAAACAACGUGCUACUGAUCUUCGCUGUGACCCAAGAGCAAGUCCACUUGUAUGAGAAUUAUGCGAAACUCAUCCCUGGGGCGACCGUCGGACUGCUGCAGAAAGACUCUGGGAACGUCCUUCAGCUGAUCAUCUCGGCUUAUGAAGAACUGCGGUCUGAGGUGGAACUGGAGGUAUUGGGAGACACAGAAGGACUCAGUCUGUCUUUCACAGCUCUCUGCAACAAUGGCAUCAUCCUCCCCAACCAGAAGAAAUGCUCCCACAUGAAAGUUGGGGAUACGGCAUCCUUCAAUGUGACCGUGAGCAUAUCCAACUGCGAGAAAAGGAGCCGAAGCCUCAUCAUAAAGCCCGUGGGGCUGGGGGACACCGUGGAUGUCCUCGUCACGGCAGAAUGUGACUGCCGCUGCCAGAGGGAAGUAGAAGCCAACAGUUCUAAAUGCCACCACGGUAACGGCUCCUUCCAGUGUGGGGUGUGCGCCUGCAACCCCGGCCACAUGGGCCCUCACUGUGAGUGCGGCGAGGACAUGGUCAGCAUGGACUCUUGCAAGGAGGCCCCGGGACAGCCCUCGUGCAGUGGAAGAGGUGAUUGCUAUUGUGGGCAGUGCAUCUGCCACUUAUCGCCCUAUGGGAGCAUCUACGGACCUUACUGCCAGUGCGACAACUUCUCCUGCCUGCGACACAAAGGCCUGCUCUGUGGAGAUAACGGGGACUGUGACUGUGGUGAAUGCGUGUGCCGGGAAGGCUGGACUGGCGAGUACUGCAACUGUACAACCAGCAGGGACUCCUGUGCAUCUGAGGACGGAGUGCUGUGCAGUGGACGUGGGGACUGCGUCUGCGGCAAGUGUGUCUGCAGGAACCCUGGAGCCUCAGGACCCACCUGCGAACGCUGUCCCACCUGCGGCGAUCCUUGUAACUCUAAGCGGAGCUGCAUCGAAUGCUACCUGUCUGCAGAUGGCCAGGACCAAGAGUGCAUGGAAAAGUGCCAAGCCACCGGCGCCACCAUCAGCGAGGAAGACUUUUCAAAGGACACUUCUGUUUCCUGCUCUCUACAAGGAGAAAAUGAAUGUCUUAUCACAUUCCUAAUAACCACAGACAAUGAGGGAAAAGCCGUCAUUCACAGCAUCAAUGAAAAAGACUGCCCCAAGCCUCCAAACAUCCCCAUGAUCAUGUUGGGAGUGUCGCUGGCUAUCCUGCUCAUCGGAGUCGUCCUACUGUGCAUUUGGAAGUUGCUGGUAUCAUUGCACGAUCGGAAGGAAGUCGCUAAGUUCGAAGCAGAACGAUCAAAGGCCAAGUGGCAAACGGGAACCAAUCCGCUGUACAGAGGCUCCACCAGUACAUUUAAGAAUGUGACCUACAAACACAGGGAAAAGCACAAGGCCGGCUUUUCCAUAGAUGGCAGGUUGACUUAAGAUAAUACUAGGUCAUUUGGAGAUCAGUCAUUCUCAGAUGGAGGUGAGACACUGUUGGCAGGUUCAAAAUAAUCAGGAGAAGAAUAUCCUAAGAGAAGAGGUGAAUUCAAGAUCGCUUGAUGAAUAUGAACCCUGUUGCAUUGAUGCCUCAAAAAAAUCAUCACAAUGGUUCAUGGGGACUUGAUUUGCAUUUGAAAAGUGUUCAGAAUUUUAAUCUCAUUUGCUUCCUGAAUCCAGUUACCUACAACCUUUGUCUCCGCAAGGUCACCAUGUCCUUAUGGCUCUAUUCUGUACCCACACUGGCUGCUUUUUCUAAACAUGCAGAAAAAUCUCCCAUUUCCUGGAGGAUUUUUUUGUUGGAUUGGUUGGUUUGGGGAUUGGGUUUUUUGAGACAGGGUCUCUAUACGAAGUCCUGGCAGUUCUGGAAUUGACCAGGCUGACCUUGAACUCACUCAGGCUGACCUUGAACUCACUAAGAUCUGCCUCCUGCGUGCUGGGAUUGAAGGUGUGCCACAUCAUGCUAGGCGAUCUUUUUUUUUUUAAUAUGAGAAAUGAGAUUCUGGUUUCUCAUCCACAGAAAGAAUACAGUUCUUCCAGUAAUAUCCCAAGUGAAAGAUUGAAAAUUAAAUGUUAGUAAUUGCCUUAGAUUUAUACGCUUACAAGUUAUUUACACAAACAAGUGUUUUGUUGCACAGAUGAGGAAGGAGUAAUUUAUAAAUUAUGUUGCUAGUAAGACUGAAGAUAUGGGUCUAACAUGCUCAGCUUUCCUCUUGUCCCCAAGUUCCCCCCACAUCCCCCCAUAUUUCUUAAUUAUUUUACCCAGUUUCACAGUCUUCAAAACUCCACCCUUGUCAUAUGAAAGUGUCCAUUUAAAAAUAACUCUAAGCGGUUAGUGUAUCAAAAAAAGUUUCAAGACUAUAAAAGGAACCUUGGGUAAUAGAAUAAAAGGUCACAUGGCUUUACAUCCAGCGUGUCCCUCAUGGAGUCUAGGCUUCCCUUAGGACAUUGCCAUCCCGUCCACACCACCCAGCAUUCACAGCCCAGCUUCACGGGCCGGAUGUGUCACCCACGGGCUCUAAAAAAUAAAAACCACUUACAAAAUCUACACCGGCUGUCAGCAAUCCGGUAGCAGACUAAAGAGGAAGCCUCUGGAGACUUUCAUUUCUUCUGGUUACUGUUGCAUUGCAAAGCACUUUGCUCUGGCUGGAUCUCCACAGAGACGCUGAGAGCAUAGGCGGAAGAGUUGGGGACAGACUCUCCACCUUCCAACUCCAAGCCUUUGCUCUCCCCAUUGCCUGAGACUCUUUCGUCAGUAAAAUGAAAGAAGGCUUGUGUUAGUUGUGGCAUAACUACCUUAGUUUGAGAGUGUACUAACACGAAACAAAUAGCACUUAGGUCCCUGGAAUGCGGACCACUUGCCGUGUUUUUGCGCCAUGUGGACAGUCAUGUGACUAGAUAGUCACGUGAAGGCAUUUGCUGGAUGAGCAGCUUCUUAGGAGUGGCGGCUUCAUGGUCCUCCACUGGAUUGUCAACUUAGUCCCAAAGUUCCUUCACUCCUCCCAAAUAUGUCUGUGAAUGUUUUGAUUAUCUGGAGUCUUUCUUUUACGGAUUUUUAAAUAACUCAGGUAAAUCAGUCAGUUAGGGAGUACACAACUAAACCUUAAAGAAAAAGCUGAAUGAAUCUCCUUGGAUCCCUGAACGAUCCAAUAAUAUGGAUUAUAUUAUACUCCCAAUAAUAAAGCAGUACUGCCACCAUUACACGGGGCUGUUUGUGCUAGUUUUGCAUUACUGCUGAAAUGAGAUUUUAGAACAUAGAGGUUUCUUUCAUGUGUGUAUUAGGAAGAAUUUGUUCUUUCCCUAAAUACCGUUUUGACCCGAGGCAGGACCUUGAAAAGGCCAAAACAUUGACAGUAGUGCUUCUGUUCACUGAAGAGUUAUGUUACAUGAAGAUGAGAUGGUUGUUUUUUAAGUGGUUUUAUUGUAUUUUGCA